GCCAGAAAACCAUACAAUGCUGAGUAUGUAGUGGGUAACGUUGCACCCACGCCCCAGACCCAGACCAGCAGACCCACGCACGUGUUAGCUGUGGAGGAGCGGCUGCAAGUAUUAGGCCAUCAGGAAGUGCCGAUUCAAAGGCAAGACUUCCGCAAUCUACCUGAACCUGAACCUUACUACUGUCUUCCUACUGUAUACUCUUGUGCCCGGGCCGCGCCGCGUGACCCACCCUCCCCGGGACACACGAUCUUUGAGAUGGCAAAGUUACCAGUGAGGAAGAAGGCCAAGAAGGCUGGUGGCCAUGGCAGCUCCACCGGCAAGCCAAGGCCACCUAAAGUUCAGCCAAAGAAAAAUUUCAAGAAGAUAAACAUUACAAAGUCCCAGAGUCCUGCAGCUCCCUCCAAAAAGCCAGUCAAAAAAGUCGCACCUCCCAAAGCCCCCGGUGGUGAACCUGGUAAAGAAGGCGCUGAGAAACCCAAGAUGCACAAAAGGACAAAGCGCGGGGGUAUUAGGGGGCGCGGCGGCAGGCGAGUGACAAAGAAAAUCAAGGCCAAGAAGAUCGUCAUGGAGAAGCGCUACAAGAGUGGAACGGAGAAGGACGACAAACUGAUGAAGAAGUUCGCUAAGGUUCAGGAAACUCCCACGGCCAAGAAGGACAUCAAGGUGGACCCCAAAGAGCUGAUUGAUAUUGAGAUGUUACGGGCAGCCAUCAGUGGCCUGAGGAAGCUACCGUCAGCCGGCAAGAGUGAAAGGAAGAGUCUACACGACAUCACGGAUGAGGACGGGAGGCUCGUCUACCUGCAGUUAACGCUGUGCAAGCUGCCCAAGGUUCAUGAAGACAUGCACAUGUCCGGCCCAACCACAGUGAACGUGCACCUCCCACACUCCCUGGUGACGGACAACACAGAUGUCAUCCUCAUCACCAAGGACCUGCAGCGCGGCGUGCGGCGGGACCACCAGAACUCCCUCGACCACUUCAAGGAGCUGCUGCACACUAAAGGGGUCGCCUCCCUGGUCAAUGAGAUCAUCCCGCUGCGCCAGCUGAAGGUUGAAUACAAGGAGUUUGAGGCCAAGAGACUCCUUGCCAACCGCACGGACGUCUUGCUCUGUGACGACACGGUGGUCAGGUUCAUCCCUAAGUUCCUGUCAAAGCACUUCUACACCAAGAAAAGGUUACCAGUGCAGGUUAACCUCAAGGCCCAGAACCUGGAGAAGGAGCUGUUGCGGGCACUCUCAGUGUCUCGUCUCUUCUUCAGCUUGAAGGGGAAUUCUUCCAUCAUGAAGGUUGGUCGCAUGGGCCAGUCAGACGAAGAGAUUGAGAAGAAUGUGUUAGAGGCUGUGAGGAAGCUGGCCACCCAUGUCCCAGGGGAGUGGAACAACAUCCAGGGCCUGAGUCUCAAGCUGGAGAGCACUCAAUCAAUUCCUCUCUAUGUUAGAAUGGAAUCCCUAAACAGUGUGAAGCCAUUGCCGGCCAAGCGUGUGUUCCAUGGAGAGCCUGUGUCCGGCACCCUCACCACAGUGCCGGGUAGGUGCAUCACUGUCUUCCCCGAUGGCAGCAUAACCUCCACGUGGCUCAAGAAGAACAAGAACAGGAUUGCCAAGGAAGACGAGGACUUGGCAAAGAAAGAUGACCAAGAACCAGACUCCACCGCGGGCAAAAAAGGCAAGAAAGCAAAGAAGGCGAAGUCAGCCACCCCAGAAAAUGGCCUGGAGGGAACAGAAACGGCAGAGACUGAGGAGACAGGAAUCACUGAGGCCGAGGGGAAGACCAAGGAGACCACCAAAAAGAGGAAAACGACAAUAGAGGAGAAAAAGACUAGCAAAGCCAAGAAGCAGAAGAAGGCGCGUGACUCUGACUCCGAUUCUGACUCUGGGGAGGAUGACUUGGAGGAACAGGAGUUGAUGUACCUUAAGCAAUUGAGUCGAAGGGGAGAGGAACCAGCAAAAGAGGAUGAGGAGGAGGCAGCUGAUGAGGACUCUGAGGUAGAUGUUUGGGGGGAGAGUGAAAGCGAUAUGGACGAGAGUGACUGAGGGAGGGAGAAUGAGAUGGGAAUAGAAGGGAGAGAAUGAAGGUGAUAUGGACGAAAAUGACUGUAUGUGUGAGGGAGAAUGAGAUGGUUAAGGCCUUGAAGUGGAAAUGAAAGAGAGAGAGAGAGGAAGUGAUAUGGACAAUGGUAAAUAAAUAAAUGAGAGAGAGAUGAGUGAUGAAAUGUAUAAUGUAGUGAGAUGGAUGGGAAGGAGGAAGCUGAAUGCAAGAAAAUGUCCCGAGUGUCGAUUUCAGGCACUCAUAACAUGUAAUUUUUGUUGUUUUAUUAAAAUGAAAAGGCUCGA